AUGCGUAGAUACCAAAUAAAGAGAGGAAGGGAUGGCAUUUAUGCUGGUUCUGGCUCUCAAUUCAAACGCCCCUUUAGUUCCUCACGUGGUGAUUCUUAUGGCCAAACCCAAGUCCCUAGAGGAGGAGGAGGAAGAGGUAGUGUUGGUGGGGGAGAAACUACUUCCCUAAAACUGACUACCAAUGAUGCCUUAUCCUAUUUGAAGGAAGGGAUAGACAUGUUUCAGGAAAAAAGAGAAAAAUAUGACAUGUUCCUUGAGGUCAUGAAAGAUUUCAAGGCUCAAAGGACUAACACGGCUGGUGUCAUAGCAUGGGUGAAGGAGCUAUUCAAAAGGCACAACAAUUUCAUUUUUGGAUUUAACACUUUCCUGCCAAAGGGAUAUGAGAUAAACCUUGUCGAGGAUGAGGCUCCUCCAAAGAAAACAGUUGAAUUUGAAGAAGCUAUUAGUUUUGUGAACAAGAUAAAGAAACGAUUCCAAAGUGAUGAGCAUGUUUACAAAUCGUUCUUGGACAUUUUGAAUAUGUACAACAAAGAGCAUAAGGACAUCGGUGAAGUUUAUAGUGAGGUUGCUACCCUGUUUAAGGAUCAUCGAGAUUUGCUUGAGGAGUUCACUAUAUUCUUACCAGAUACUUCUCAUGAUCGUGAGCGUGAUCUGAGUGUUGAACACCCUGAGAUGGAUGGUGACAAAACAAUGAUGAACAUGCACAAGGAGCAGAGGAAACGUGAGAGUAAGUAUAGGAGGAUUCGUGAUCAGGAUGACAGAGAACCUGAUCUUGCUAACAGCAGGGAUUUGAACUUGCAGCACUUUCCUGAGAAAAAGAAAUCGGUCAAGAAGAAUGAAGGUUUUGGGUUGGCUUCAGACUUUUCUUCUAAUGAAGACAAGGAUACCUUAAAGAACAUGUAUAGUCAAGCAUUCAGUUUCUGUGAGAAAGUUAAGGAGAAGUUGAACAGUGCUGAUGACUACCAAGCUUUCUUGAAGUGCCUUCAUAUUUUCAGCAGUGGAAUAAUAAAAAGGAAUGAUUUGCAAAAUUUUGUAACCGAUUUACUUGGAAAGCAUCCUGAUCUUAUGGAGGAAUUCAAUGAUUUCCUGGAGCGUUGUGAAAAUAUUGAUGGGUUCUUUGCUGGUGUCAUGAGUAAAAAGUCAUUGUCUUCUGAUGGUCAUUCAUCAAGAUCAUCAAAGUUGGAGGACAAAGACAAAGAGAUGAAGCGUGAGAUGGAUGGAGAUAAAGAGAAGGAAAGAUACAAGGAGAAGUACAUGGGAGAAUCCAUUCAAGAACUUGACCUUAGUGACUGUAAAAGUUGCACUCCCAGUUACCGUUGUUGGCUUGUUGCCUUUUUCAGCGAGUGCUUUAACUUUGAUAAUCUUUGCUUAGAAUUUAGUUGGCUUUUGUCAUAA